UUCAUUUCUAUGACAUGCGAGUCUGAGAUGCAUUGUUUGCAGUGCCUUCCUGUUCCUCUGAUGGCUUUGCAGGUGCCCCAUCCGAGGAGCAGUACACUUCGCUCGUGUCGGUGAAAAGCAAAAAGCAUUCCUGCCGGCUGUGCACCUACACAACCAGAAAAAAAUGGAUCAUGGAAAGACAUCUUUGCAAGCACACGGGCAGACACCCAUUCUCGUGCCAGCUGUGUCCGGCUGCAUUUAGUCAAAUGGCUGAUCUCACAGCUCACUUGCGCACCCACACUGGAGAGCGGCCCUUUUCCUGUGUAUACUGCAAUGCAUCCUUUUCAAAGAAGGCGCACCUAAAAAAGCACUUGCGCAUUCACACGGGAGAGCGUCCGUUUGCCUGUGAUCACUGCAAUGCGUCCUUUUCAGUGAGAGGCACUCUUAUUCGCCACAUUCGCACCCACACAGGAGGUCAGUCCUUUUCAAAGAAUGCACACCUAAAGGACCACUUGCGCUCCCACAUGGGAGAUCGUCCCUUUGCCUGUGAUCGCUGCAGUGGAUCGUUUCUUCGUAAACACAAUCUCACUGAACACAUUCGCACCCACACUGGAGAGCGCCCUUAUACCUGUGAGCUAUGCAAACAUCCUUUUCUCAUAGUUUUACGCUAAAAAAA